AUGACACAACUAUCAAUUGUAAAAUGGGUGGAGAAAUUGUUGUCCGGUUGCGAAGGGACAGCCAAUCAUACUGACGACAUUAUAGUACAUGGAUCUGAUGAGUUGCAAUACGAUAAACGGCUUGAAAAUGUGUUACAAAUACUGAAAGAUAAUGAAUAUCUAAUAACAUUAAAAAUACCGGACAGACGUUCAUUCGAAUACUCUUCAUUUGAGACCCUCAAGAUACGACUGUCAAACUUAAAAACACUUGGCUACUACAACCCGGUGGGUAGAACGCAAAUAAUAGCAGAUGCGUUUCCAGUUGGUCUUGGUGCGGUGCUCGUACAAAUUGAUCGUCACGGACCUCGGAUAAUUGGGUUCGGCAAUAAAAGUAUUACUGAUUGCGAGAAGAGAUACUGUCAAACGGAGAAAGAAGCCCUGGCUCUGGUAUGGGCAGUAGAACAUUUUAAGAUUUAUCUACUGGGCAAAGAAGUUGAGCUCAUAAGUGACCACAAGCCUUUGGAAACUAUCUACGGUAAUAAAGCCCUCAGAGGGAGUAAACUUAUUAUUCCUAAACAACGUCGUGAUCGAGUUCUUGAGGCUGCUCACCAAGGACAUCCUGGCUUUGUUGCCAUGAAAGGUCGUCUAAGAACAAAGGUUUGUUGGCCUAAAAUUGAUAGGGAUGCUGAAAGUCGUGUUAAAACCUGUAAAGGUCGGACGCUGGUUUCAUCACCUAAACCUCAUCCAACUAAAAGACGAGACCUUCCAAGUGAGCCUUGUCUUGAUGUUGCGGUAUACUUUUUGGGACCAUUACCAUCAAACGAUUACCUACUUAUACUAAUAGACUACUACAGUAGGUAUAAGGAGAUUAAAAUUAUUAAGAACAUUAACUGCCACAGAAACCAUUAUAAAUCUCAAGGAAUUAUUUUCUCGAUUGGGAUAUCCUGCAACCCUAACUUCCGAUAG